GCCACUACAGAGUGAGAGAGACGGGAAUAUUACUAAAGGCAUUACCGAGUCCAGUGCGUUAGUAUAUCAUCCAAGAAUAGUUAUCAAGUGGUGAUUCUCGUGCGGCAAACAAAUUGUUCAGAUUCGUUACAUUAGAAAUUUCGAAAACGAAACCCUUCGGAGCGGCUCUGAACUUUACUACAUAUAUAUGCAUAUAUAUACACACACUGUAUAUGGGUAUAUACACGAGUCGUUCUACUUUUAUCACGAGCCUAAAUUCGCAUAGUCGUUUACCUCGAGGACCUCACGUAUUUUUUUCUUUUUGUUAUCGCACUCUUGGGUUUCAGUCCCGCGACUAAGCUCGUAUUUUCCAAUCUCGGAGUAAAAUUUAUUCGCCUCGUGGAUAUUCAACGGAAGCUCGAAAAAAAUAUAUCUGUUUAUUAAAGCUUUUUUUUUGUUUUUUCAUAAAUGCAAUAUCCCAAGGGAUAAAAUAAGCUAAUGCAUGCGGGGUUUCUUUUAUGCAACAAAGAAUUUUGUCUCGAAAUUCUCUCGAGGAAGACACAUUGAACCGAGUGCAUCAUCGACGCGGGAAAGUGUUUGUGAUAUUGUGAACUGAGUGGGUUAAACAAAAUUGAUAUCUCCAACGAGAAACCCGUAAGGCGUCAGCAACUUGACGCCUUUUCAUGCACUCUUCGCCCUCUCUCUCUCUCUCUCUCUCUCUCGCUGGUUCAUCAGGCUUUUUCCGAAGCCACUGCUUUUGAGACUCAGAUUUCUCGCUCGAAAUAAGAAUAACCAAAACGUGUACCAUGUAUUUUCAUGAAGUUACGAUUUAUGGGAUUUCCCUGCGAUAGUCUACCGUCGAAGAAAAAUGGAUUUUCCACCGGAAAACACUCGCUGAAGAUAGAUUAAAAGGAAGGAUUUAGCAUUGCAAUAUAUCAAAAUAAAAUAGAUAUUCUGCUUUAAGAGAACUCUUAAAAAAUUAAUAGUCUUCUCUCGUACCUUUUACGUUUCCGUCAAACACCAGGAAAAACAAACGAAAAAUCAUUUUCCAUGCGAAUGUUUGAUAAAUAAAACGGAUGAUUUGUUUUUCUCAUCAUCCAUGCAAUCGGGUUACGGUGAAAAGCAAUGAGUGACUGUAAUCUUGGAAUCUUGGUGCUGCUAAAUUGUGUGAUAAAUAUCGUGUCGAAGUUUGGUCGUUUAGCCGUCGCCAUCGAAAAUCCUCCGAGCAAUAUUUCGUCUCGAGUAUCGACUGGCUCAUUCGUUCAAGGAAAUACGCGGAAGAUUGGUCCAAAAAUUCUUCGCAAUGCUACAAACCUCGGAAAAAGCGUGCCCCUGUGCUAGAAACUUCGGGAACGAGUUCUGAAAGGAAAUUCAGGCGGCAGGUUUUAACACCUUCGUUCCGCCGAGACGAGAGAAAGAGAAUAAGUAUUAAGUAUGAGGGAACGGACGCCUUCUGCGGACGACACCCCGAAACGGGCCCCGCCGGCUCCACCCCGAGAAGCAGCUUCAGCAGACGUGCUAGUGGACGGGAGAUCGAGGAGGGUUGUAACGGACGAUUCGAUCCGUACACGAUCGGGAAAUUCGUCGAGGACGCAAAGGAAAAUAAUAAUGGUAGCUUCGGAGCAAAGUCUGGACCAAGUAAUAACUAGUCAGUUGGCGAUUCAGGAUCGUCAGCAGCAGCAGCAGCAGCAGCAGCAGCAUAACAACAACAAUAGUCAUCACAGUUAUCAGGAAAGGCAAGGAAUCGUGGGUUACAGAUCGGCACAGACAGCACAGGACAAGAGAAGUCGUCUUAGCAACGUGAUAAACAAUUUACGAAAAAAAGUGCCGAGCGAUAAUAGCACAACGACGUCAACGAGAACGACGACGACGACGGAAACGACGACGACGACGAUUACGACAACGAUCACGACGAGCGUUAAUGAUUUGCGUAGGAAAAAUAAUACGAGUAAUUGUCGGGUGAGCAAACGACAAGAGGACGAAGCGAGGAACAGCGUUGAACGUAAUCUCGCUAAUCUCGAGAAAUACGUUAUGACAGUCCUGAAUGGUGUGAUUAAAGAUGCCGAGUCGAAAGGAGACGCAAAGGGGGAAACCGAUCGCGAAAACUUGGCGACGCGUGACUCGAUUAACGAGAAGAAAGAAACGAUCGAUGCGAAACACGAUAAGCCGACGACGAAGGACGGCGGCAUCGUCGAUGUUCCUCGGGCUUACAGUCCGGAGCCCUCAAAACUGAACGAAUCGGUUGUGCCUGAAACGACGAAAGUAAGACCGAACGAUCUCACGUUUCAGGAUGUAAAUAUUUCCAAGAAGGAAGAAACCGGGGAUGCCAAAAUCUCGAAUAUCGUAACGCACAAUUGUCGUCCCGACAGUGAUGGGAUUGCUAAAAUUUCAGUGGAUCAACGCUCGAAGGACAUGAAGCUUCGGGAUGAAAUAUUGGCUAGUCGUAUUCCGGUUGUACCCCACGUACAACCGGAAGUCAACGGUUUGUGUGAAAUCGAUGAAUUGUGGUUCGGAGACUCGAGCAACAGCGUCGCCGAAUCGAUAAGCAUCGCAACUUCGUCGAACGAUCCCGCCGAGACGAAAUAUAGUCUGUCCUCCGACGACUCUCAGAAUGGUGGCACGAGGGACUUUCCCAUAAUCGAGGAAACGAUCGUCCCGUCGAUGUCAGACGACAAGCCGAAUAAUCGUAGCUUGGGAACGUUGAUUCUCGACAGGUUGGAUCACCCGAUACAAUCUAGCGCCAAUUUAUCGUUGAAUCCAAUUCUGGAGUCGAGAGAGGUGAAAAUAGAACAAGACAUUGAGAGCGUAGAAUUACGAACUAUUUGCAGAGAUCUGUUGAACGAAUUGUUGAACGAUAUUUGUCAGCUGAUCGAGGAAAAACCGAUAAACACCGAGGGAAGUUCCUCGAUCGCUGUCGCCGCUGACGAUCUCUCCAAAGACACUCGAGCCGAACCUUCAAAUACGAGUAUACAAUGCAGUCUGCCGCUGGACAAAGUCGCCUCGAUGUUACAAAAUUGUCAAACCUCACCCGAGGCCCCAUCGGCAAGCUCGAGUCCCCAAGAAGCUUCGAAAACUCCUACGAAAUCGGUCCCACCGACGGUCAGACAUUUGUGUUUGUAUUGCGAUCGAGAAUUCCUUUCCAUAUCAUUGCGCCAGCGUCAUACCGAGAGAGUCCAUCAAUUGGGCGGUGGCCGCAGAUCUGAUAGAAAUUCUCGCAAAACGAGCCAAAAUUGUCAGUACUGUGCGGAGAAGUGUGCCGACAAUCUUGAUUCGUUAUUUCAACACAUGAUCGUCGCUCACGUGGACAAAUAUCACGCUUGUGGCCAAUGCGCGACCAGAUAUUCCACGAGGGAUGCUCUCGUUACUCACAUGAGCGAUGUGCACGCCAACGGCGGUGAUAAAGUGACGGAAAAUCGUGAUAAAACCGCCAAGGAAUCGACGAGCCCUAAGGAAACGAUAACUUCCUCACCCCGGGAACAGCCGAAUCAGUGCGUCAAAGAAAGCACCGAUCAAGCUCCGACGAACGAACGACGCGUCGAAGACGAACUGGAUAAACGCGAAGACGAUAAAAUAACUAGUAAUGUUGGGAUUAAAAAUACGAUUAAGAGCCAGUCGACGAGCAGAGACGCCACGAGCAACCCUGGCAGCCCCGAAUUCGACAGCACUUUUUACAGUAGCGUCAGCUGCAACAUAAGAGAAAAUCUGCUCCAUCAUCUCGAUGGCAAACUUCAGAUUUGCGCUAACCCACCGAGCAGUACGACGAGCGACGUCAAACCCUUUCCUCCACAAGCGCAACAACAGCAACAAGCCUUCUACGAUAAUAAUGGCACUAGCAAUCAGAUACAAUUUCCUAUCGAUAUAUCCCUCACAGCAGCAACUCCAGUUUACAACAAAGAAUACGUCGCCGAAGAGUACGAGAAUUCGAGCGAAUACGCACAAAAACCAGGUAAAACUGGACGGUCGCAUCCGCGACGUGUUUCAUUCGAAAAAUAUAAUUUUCCUCGUAAAUACGACGGGAAAGAACAGUGGACCUGUUCGAUAAAAGAUCUCAGUAAAUUCGAUAUAUCGACGCAAUUAACGUUGAGGAAGAAACAGCAGCUUAUUAAGGAAAGACUGACAACGAGCAGACUGAACAAUCCGACUUUAGCAUCCGGAAGUACCGAUAUUUUUGCAACGAGCAUUGUUGAUAACUCGAAUAUUUUAAACGAGAAUAACGAACAACGUUGCGCACGGAUCGACGAUUCGCGGAUUCCUGCGGUUGAACCUCCUACGAAUUCCCGAACACUGUUGAAUUUACGCGAGCUUGAUGAAUUCUCGAUCGAUCGUGCAGCUUCGAAUGAAAAGACCGAGGAUCGCACCGACCCUACCGAAUUCACUGCGGAAUUUAGUCAUUUUAUUCGACUCAAAAAGUGGCACGACUCCAACGAGGAAACUCGAAAGAAACAAGAAAUCGUUUACGCUGAACUUACAGGAGAAUGGUCCAGGCCGAGAGUUUAUAUUUGCGGUGCCUGCACCUCCAGACACUUGACCCUUCGAGAUUUGGAGGAGCACAAAACAACUGCCCAUCCAAACGUCUGGUGUUCUCAUCUCGAGUUCACGGGUGACCAACGCGAGCUUUACAAGCAUCUGUUUCUACCAGGCCGCAGCGUAGCGACGAGCAAAGCAAAAAAUGCUGUGCUUUCGGAAAAAGUGUGCACCAAGUGUUCCAAAGUUUGUGGCAGCCUUGCAGAGCUUCAUCGACACAUAUUGGAGUGCGGUGGUGAUCAAGCAUGGCUUUUGGGACUUUUUGGCAAUGGAAAGAAAAAGUGCAAGUGGAGGCCGUUCGGCAGUCGCAGUAGAAGACGACGGCAACGGGGCAUGAAGAGAAAUAUACAAAAUUCGCAAACACCGAGGGCCAAUCAACCGCGAGAAAGAAAUUCAUCCGGACCGAGAGUUCGACCCAGUGACCGUGAGAGUAUUCAGAAGAUGCUCGCAAAUUUGCCACCUAAGAGAGCCAGCAGACGAGUAAUGCAAGACACAAUGGUACGAACGCAGGGAAGAUUGCGCAAGAUUCAGACCAGAUCAAGACCUCGUUUGGUGGAUCCGACGAGCUCGAGCUCGCGUUUGUCGCAAAAAGCAGUGCUACGCAACAAAUUGCUGAAGAAUGCAAAAUCGUUCCAGCGCAAACGUUGUCGCCGGGACAACAUAACAGCUGCGAUUGAGAGCGUCGUGAAGAAGAGCGAGAGGAACGAGCAGCCGGAUGACGAGAGCGAGGACGAUUAUAUGAAGGAGGAGGAGGAGGAGGAGGAGGAUCCAGAAGCUGAGGAAAGAGAGGAGGAAGAAGAUGAAGAAGAGGAGGAGGAGGACGACGACGAGGAAGAGGAGGAUGAAACGGAAGACGAUUCGGGUCUGUUCAAGGAGUCCCGUAAAUUCGAGAGCCCCAAAUCCCGUGGUGAAACGUCGAAAUUGCGAUGGAAUCUCGAAUCGAGUAAUCGUUCGACGAAGAUUGUGCGUGGAGUACGAGUAGUGAGUAAAAAGAGGAACGUAAAAUCGAACAAUUUGCACAGCAACGUUGUAACCAAAUCCCGCGUAUUGAGUAACAAGCGUGCUGUUAAAUUAUCUGACGUGCAGAAUAUAAGAUGCAGAAAAAAUUCUCUCAAGAGUCAUAAUAAAAGCGCAGCCUUGAACGUCGCAUUGGAAAAUGCUGAGGAAACGUCGCCCCCCUCGGAUUCCUCGUCACCGAGUCACUCGGCCAUAUUGAGACGUAAAAAACAUGUUGAUCCCGUGUUUUCGUUGAACGCUUCGUUGAGAGCUCGCUCUCAAUUGAGAACUCACGAUGGAAAAUUCGCUCGCAAAGAACACAACGCGAAAAGACCCACGAGUGAAGAAAGCCCGCGUGUAUCAACGAGAAGAAACAAUGUUCACUCCUUGCGUGGCUCCAAUAUCGAGAUCAAUGGGGCGAGGAAGAAACUCGCCGAGAGGACGACCACUGACGUGGAAAAAUCGUCGAUGAAUAAUUCUUCGAAUGAAAGACGCGGUAACAACGUCGCGAGCCGAGAAACAGCGAAAAAACAUGCUUCGGAAAAUGACGUGUCAUCGGGGACUGAUCUCCCUUCGUCUCGUGCCUCGAACGAGCCGGCGAGCAAAAAACUCGGCAAGAAAAAUACCUCUGACGUGGAAAAAAGUUCAAAAAGUUUUCACUCCGAUGAAAAAACUAUCAAAGUUACCAGAAAAGGCUCGAUGAGAAAAAAUACAGGGGAGACAGAAAAAGAGUCGAAUUCGAGAGACGAAAAGAUCGAUGGAGAUAAAAACUCGUCCGGUGGAAUGAAUAACGAUCAACUGUCGUCUAACGUUUUGGGAAAAUCGAAGAAAUCUGGAAAUCCUAAAAAAACGUCAGCGGGACAGCAAACGAAUAAUGUCGAGCUCGAUCUUGACGAAGCCAUUUCGAAGAAUGUUAUCGACGUCACGAGCAUUAAAAAUUCUGUUCAAGACGUCGAUCGGGAACGGCGCCCGACUCGUGCACGAAGAAGAAAAAUUAUGGAUGAAAAAGUUUCAAAAGAUACGGAAUCGCCGCCUCUCGUGCCCGUUGACUCGAACGAUGGGAAACCAAAAAAUCGUCAUUCGUCCAGCAAAGUAUUGAACAACGUAGAUCAAGUCGAUGAAGCUUCUAAGCGAGCCAGUUCCAAAGAUUCGAAAGCCCAAGACAGCGAAGAGACCGAUGAUUUAUCUAAAAGGAACGAAAAAAUUGAGGUUCAAAGCGCAAUCAGAAGAACUGGGAAUCACAAUUCGAUGGAAACGAGAAAAGCGCGACAAGAGCGUCGAGCCGGGUCGCUAGAAGAUUUUUCAAAAAUGCGCCAAGUUCCCGAUGAGGUCAAAAGACUUUUGGGACCCAGCGAAGAUCUGUUGUCACAGAUUGGUCUCAAAACUCCCGACGAAACGACCAAGUCCCAAACGAAGACACAAAAAACAAAACUCCCCAGUCCAAGGAACAGAGGACUAAAGCGAAAUAGUCUCGUCAACACCAAAGAAGAAGCUCCGGAUGAAUCAGAAAAAAUUCCUCUCAGAGUAUCACCGCGUAAAUUGGACAAGAGGGAGACUAGAAACGUUGAGAACAAAAGAAAUGAGGAAAAAAUUGAAAAUAUCGAUAACACGAAAAUCGAAACGUCGAUCACUCUCACCCUUACGGACGACGAAUCUAAAAGAGUUGAGAGCAACGUUGGAAAACGCAGAGGUCGAACAAAACCACGUGUCGAUAGCGAGAAAAUCGAAACGAGCAUCGAGUCUAAGAAGGAGGAAAAAAAAGAAAGUGGAGAAGGAGAAGAAACCGCGAAGAAUGUUUCAGAAUCGAUAACGUUGAUUGCGGACAAUUUUUCUGAAGAAUCAAUUGAGAUUAUCAUUGAUCGAAAUCCCGAAGAACCAAUCGAAAUUUCGAUCAAUGAAAAGAGUGAAAAAUUCAUCGAAACUCUCGACAAUGAUGAAAAUUCCAAAGAAUUAUCGGAACCGUGUGUCGAUAAAGUCGCUGUAGAAUCGAUCGAGAAAGUCUCGGUGCAAAAUGAUGAAACGUCACUGGAAAAAGUGAAUGAUGAUGAACGCGACGAAUCAGUGAAACAAAUCUCCGGUGAUAAAAUAGAUCGAUCGAUCGUCAGCCAGCAUCUCGACGAGUCGAUUGAAUUGGCUAUCAAAAAACAUUUGGAGGACUCGAUCGAGACGACGGUUGUCGAUAAGAAUCUUGACCAACCGAUUGUCAGCGAGGUUGUUGAAAUUGACGAAAAAAUUAUUGGAAAAAUCGCCGACAAAAGUUUCGAAGGCUCAGCGCAAAUCUCCGAUAAAAACAUCGGAGAGCUAAAAGCGAUUGUCGACAAAAGUCUGGAGCGCAGUGCAGAAACUGCGGAUGAAAACUGCGACGAAAAAAGUGUAGCAAUCGCGAAUAAUAAUGUGGGAAAGACGGAUGAAAUAAUUGAGGAAAAUUUGGAAGAAAAAACCCACGAGUCGGUGGAUAAAAAUGGAGCAGAAAAAGUUUCCACCGCUUCCAUAGAAGACGGCGCGGCCGAUGUGGCGUCGCUGAGUUUCGAGCACCUUCAGCAAGAAUCGAACAACUCAAACAUCGACAGUGGAAAAGAAAAUUCAUCCGAGACCGCGAUAAGCGUGUCGAAGCUUAAAGUCGUUCGACCGAAAAAAUGCCGGGGCUCGCGUCGCGAUAGAAUUGGAAAACGUACACUGAACAACGUGAUUGGUAUUUUAACGGAGGGUGUAAACAUACCUGUCGAAAUACAGCAGAGUGUUGUAUUAACGGUACAAACGUCGAUAGAGACGACAUCAGAGACCGGUAGCUCGAGUGAUUCCGGUCAAAUAACCGGAAGCAACGCGGCUACCUCGGAAGCUUUAAACAACAGUCGGGCAAGCGUGAAACCAAAUGAGAGUGGCGACACGGCUUGCAGCUCCAGCCCGAGAGCCGAAGAAUGUCAAACUUCUGCGGAAACGGAUAAUAAACGAGAAAGAGUGCAAAUAGAGAGUUCGGAAAAGCGAGAAAAAAGUGAUAGAGUCGAAAAACCCGGAGAAAAUGCAAAGCUCACGAAUCCCGAAAACCCCACCGAGCCACCGGGAAUGCUCAGCGGUGAAAAUCAAAAAAUCUCGUCGGCUCAAACAUUUUCGACGAUAACUCUCGAUCCUGUACAAUCGAGCGCGGUCGAACCAGCAAACGACAUUAUCUUAGAUCUUUCGCGUAGGAAGCAAAAAGGCAAAGGCUCUUUUCUCGAGAAAAUCGUCUCGAAAAUAGCCAAACAAAAAGAUGCUUUGCUGGAGAACGACGUCGGCUGCUUGCUCGAUAACGCGGCCGAUGAACUGACGCACAUACUCAGCGAGAUCAAUCCACCGAUCGUCGAUCAUACGGAAACGUCGGAAACCAUUUCCCCUGGAAAACCGGAGCGCGAUGACGAAAUUGGUAAUUCGUCGGAAAUAAAAGUUCCUGAAUUUACGGAGAACGUUGUCCCAGUUGCCGAGAAAAAUGACGUUUUGGUCGAGAGCAUCGAAGAAACUUGCAACAAAAGAAUUGAGUCCCCGGAGCCGUUGACUGUUGAGACAGCGACAAUUUCGCCAUCUCCCGAAGAACUUCCAUCCCCGUUGACGGGAACCACGUUGUCCGCAAGCGACGAUCGCAACUCCGAUAAAACCGAUUUGAAUAGAGCUUCGAAGAAACGAUCGCUCGACGCCGCGACACCGACGAAAAAUAAACGCAAAACAACCGAUGAAAAAGCCACGGAAGAGGACUCCCUCGAGGAGGAGGUUUGUCUCGCCGAUAUCAUCAAAUUGAUCAAUCGAACAAACUCGGAAGACCCGAAACUCGAUGAAAAAAUUAAAGAAAAUAUUCACCCGGUAAAGAGAAAAAUAGUGGAGGUCGAUCGGGAGGAGAGUCCGAUCCGCCCGGUGAAAUUCACUCUGCCCACGGAGGAAAUCCUCGAACCCCGAACGAACGAGACUGAAACGAAGAAACCCAAGCGCGAGAGCACGAGAAAAAUUCUGACCGACGAUGAAUCGAAUCUCGAAAACAUCGGCAACGACGAGAAAAUACCUUUGACCAAAUCUCUGGACACUGUAAAAUCCCAAAACGAGGUUUUAAAUAUUCCGAAUUCAGAAAUGAGCUCGGAGAUGAAAGAAAAUGUGAAAAAGUUCGAUGAAGCAUCGACAGAAAUGACCGUUCAUCAAAAAGCCUCAGUGGAAAAAUCAAAAGUACGAGCCGCCCGGAAAUGCGCUGCGAAGAAAAAAUCAUUGGCUGACGAACAUUUGAAUCUUCCGGAAGAUGAAGACGAAACGUUGUCUCGUCCUCGUAACGCGCUCGACAAUAGUCCGAGUCCACAUGUUUCCGUAGCCACAACAGACUCGAACGCUGAGGAAAUCGUGGAAGUCACAAAGUCAACAGAGGAAGACUUCAAAGUCCCGGUUGUUCAUGACCUCGUAACCUCGAAAAAACGGAUGACGAGAAAACAAUUUCUCCUUGACAAUUCGCAGACCUUGAACAACAGCCCAGAUUCUUCGAAAGCGAUUAUUUCACUGGAAACUUGUGUAACAACGAACAAAAACGCGGAACCAGAAACGAGUGAUGGCGAGAGGGAGAAGGAAAUUCUCGAUAAAAUCGACGUCCUCAAAGAAAAAUGUUGCACCGUGGCUGUGGAAAAGAACCAAGUGCCAAAGCCUAUCGAAGCUCCCUCGUCCGUGACAACGGAAAAGCUUGAGAUUGAAAAAUCUUCAAGAAAAAGAAAUCACGUUGAGAACGAGAAAGAAGAUACGAAUGAAGAAAUACAAGCUGACAGUUUGACGGAAGAUGAAACCGAGAGUGAGAAUGGCGGUGGCGAGAGACGGCGGAGUUUAACCAGACGCGCCAAGGAAGCUCCUUUGAGCGAGGACAUGACGCAAUUUUCCGACGCCAAGUUGCAGCGCAAGUUCGCCGUCGUUCAUACGAAAUCCGGCAAAAUGUUGAUCGUUGAGAAGAAAAAAAAAUUCACGAAAGAGGCAGCGAAAUUUUUUUGCGAAAUAUGCGCGGCUAGCUUCACACGAAAAAGCUCAUUAAAAAAACACAACUCGUCGCAAUCGCAUAUGCUGCAAGUGUCUAAACAUUACGAAGACAUGGAAAAAACGACUCGUGAGGAAAUCGAUUCCAGAGAGCAGCCUGAAGAGAUGGCAACAUCUGCUACCGGACUGGAAACGGAUGACGCUCUCGUGACGAAUCCCGAUAACGUAAUAAACACGAACGCGAAAGAAAAUGAUUCGGGAAACGAAGGACAACAUUUGCCAGAAUCCGAGGAAUCAGUGGCACUCGACGAGAAGGAAAACCACGCGGAGGAGAAUGGAGUUUCGCUCGAGCAGAAAUGCGACAGUACGCUUCCUCUCGCAGACGAGCCCGAAAUAGGAGUUUCCGAAAUGCAGGAAUCUCAGAAUCUCAUAAUUUCGACCGACCAAACGGACGAUUUCGGUGAGAAAAAAUUGGACGUUGAAGACUUCGAGGAUGAGCUGUUGGACGAGGAGAUCUGUAAAAUAACUGAAAACAUGACGCAUGACGAGUAUGUGCUCACCGACCACGUGAGUCCCGUCGUGCCCGAGGCUUCCUCAACGCCGGUUGACAAUAUUUCCACUCAACCACCAGAUACUCCGGAUUCCAUUAAAAAAAUCAACGUGAAAAACGUUGGUGGAUCGAGAGACGAAGAACUGAAGAUUAAUUUGGCUGAUGAGCAUUUGAGUCUCGAUUCACCGGAAAACAAUAAAGUUUUAACAACGAUGAAGAUCUCGAGUCCGCUUGAAGACACCACGAAAAAAGUAUCGGAGGGUUCAGCGGAGUCUCUUGGGAUCAGCGAAACGCAAAAUCUACCAAUCGGCAAAAGCAUCGAAGAAAAAUCGGUUUCCGAGAUUCCGGAAGAGAUGGAUCUCAAAGUGGCGCCGAUUGUAUUCAACGAGGGCUCGUUAUCCAUUGAAAAAACCACGAAAUCAAAGAGAAAGAGCAAGCGGAACGCGGGAAAAGGAGGAAACACUAAUUUUGUGGAAAACACCAUUUUCCCAGUGGAAUUUGACAAUAACGACGAUUCAGACGAGACGGAAAAAUUAGAGGGUUCGAAAAAGAAUACGAUUUCUGAAGAAUCCGUCGUUGUAAGCUCAACAUCAAAACGAGUCGAAAUGAAAAUUCCAGAAACUUCAGAAUCAAACAGUUUUUCGACGAAGGACGAAUUUAAUCAACUUGCCAAAAUCAAAACGCCGGUAGUGCUCGAUUUCUCAAACAUCACCGAGAAAAUACAGUCCCAGGCAACGAUUAUGGCGAAGGAAAUUCACUGCAACACCGAGUUCGACAGUGACGAGGACACUUUGGAUACGAACAUGUCGGAUGAUAUAAGAAAGAUUUUGGACGACCCAGAACUGGAUACGGACAACAAAUUAAACGAAAGAGAAAAUACGAGCUCGGGGAAGCUUAAAAAACUGGAGACACAAUCGGCCGCUGCGACGAUCGACGAAACGCGCAAAGAUUCUGAGGUCGCCAAAGCGAAGAAAAACAAGCAAAAAGUGAAGUCUGAAGAUUUCACGAAAAAGGAAAAAGCGACGAAAAAAUCACCGCGCAGUAAGAAUGCAAGCAAAGAUCUUGUUAGUAGAAGAUCGAAAAUUUCGAAAGCUCGAAAAAGUGCAAAUUCCUCAAAAACGAAGAUCGAUGAUACGAGCGAGAGCGAAUAUGACGAAGAGAACGACAUUAUAGAAUCGCAGAACAAAAAUAAAAUCGUCAAAUGUGUUUUCGGUCGUGUUUUCGGCGGUGAGAAGAUCGAUAAGGUGAAAGAAGUGUUGGACGACUGGGUCUCAAGAUCGGAAGGCGAUUCUCACGACGAAACGCAGGGGAGCGUUGCUCCAAAGUUAGUAAACUCGGGUGAAAACAUUCCGUCGACGAUUGCAGCAUCUUCGGAGUCAAAGAAAAAAAGAGAAGAGAAGGAAAAGUCGAUUUAUCCGAAUUCUCAAAAUAGCUCGCUCUCAGAAACGCCGAGUCCAGAGCGAGGACGAGCCAAAAAGCGUGGCCGUUCGAGAAAUAAUGACGCAACAUCUGGUGCGGAAAACACGGAGAAAGAUGAUUCGAAGGGCGAGCCAACAUCGAGAUCGAAGGGUGGAAUCGUCGAGCGAAGGAAAAAUGUGAAUCGGAAGAGCAUGAGCAAUUUAAGCACCGAGCCAUCUUCCGAUGAGCUUGGCGCCAGCUCGAGAUGUCGACAGAGCAAGAAGAGAGCGGAGGAACGUAUAUCGAGGGCCUUCGAAGAUGAGUCGUCCAUCGUCUUCGACGAGGUUGAUUUGUUGAGGCAAAUAGAUGCUUCGAUCGCGACGAGUAAUUCGCGUAAUUUCAAAGAGUCUCGUGAAGAUUCGAAAAUCGGUACGGAGAAACCGACGAUAGUUAACAAGAUAGAAAAGCGUGUUCCAGGUGACGGUGCGAGAGAUGCGAACGAGUCUGGCAUAACUCACAGUGAAAACAAGAUUGAAUCAUCUUCGAAGGAUGCGCUGAAAUCAAAAAGAGACCGCUCGAUUUCACCGAUCGAAGAUCGUCAGAAAAGAGAAUUACCAGCCAAAGAGACGAAGGAGUUUUCGUCCGAAGUCGUCGGAGCUAACAAAGGCGGAGAUGACGGGGACGAAGAUGAGGAGGAAGAAGAAGAAGAGGACGAAGAUGGAAUAGCACUGGGUCGGAUGUCGCCUCUCUACGUAUGUAAUUCGCCCGAUAGUUCAAUUGGAAGUUCGUCAAGCAGCGAAGACGAGGAGCGAGACGAUAAGGAAAAAGAUGGACUUUGUGCGGGUCAAUUUAGCGACGACAAGAUCAUUCACGCGUCACCAGUUUCGGUUACGUCGAUGCAUGACGAACGCAAAGAAGCCUCGUCAAGAGGCAUCAACGACGAGAUCGAAGACAACGCCCUCGACGUCCCCCGUCCGGAUCAUCCUAAUUCACCGAGCCACAAAUCACGACAGGGCAAAGUUUUGAACUUCGACGAGGAACUCUUCGUCGAGUGUUGUUCCCGGCUCAAGGCUACCACCGAGAACGAGCUUCGGGGAACGAAGAAAAUAAAACUCGAUCACAACGAGUCUUACGAAGGAAACGAACAGCGGGAACAGGGAUUCAGGGGUGGUCGAGACCGAUGGAGGGACGUCGAGAGUCAAAAUAGCCUCGGCAGCCUCCUCGAAUCCGUCAAUCAACUUUUGGGCGAAGAAUUGUACAGUGGUAAUCGUGCGAAUGAUUACGUAAAACGAGGAAGAAACCACGGAAGUGAAAGAUCAAGUCGUACCGUGAGUCCUGACAUUGACACAAACCGUCAAGAAAAUUUGGCCUACGAGGACAGCCUGGAUGUUGCCUUUGAGCACAACAACAAAUUACGUGUCAAAAUACAGCAACGCAUGAAAGAGAGUGAAAACUUGUUGGCUAGUACGUUCGGCCAAAAAGCUGGUGGUGCGAACUUGCAUCGUCAUCACCAUCAUCACCACCACCACCACCAUCAUCAUCAUCGCACUUCGAAUCAUCAGCGUCAUCAUGACAGUUCCCACAAUCACAGACGUGAAAAUCGACAGACUAACGAGAAUCCUCACAACGACGAAAAUUAUGACGAUCGAAGCACCGAAAAGACUAUUCAGCAGCCUGGUAAACCUGUGGAUAUCAAUUGUCCUGGCUUCAGGAGCAAAAAUCCAGCUCUCGGAGGCCUCAUUGAUAAUUUACUUCACAGCAACGGAAAACACGAUCACAAUGGGUCAACACCGAUGAACGUGUUGGCAGAGCUCGCGUGUGCCCGAGUGCCAACGUCCACGUUGCCAGAGUUGCAUUCACCGUCGCGCGACAAAUCCAUGAAAUCGCCAUCUCGAAUGCGGGACUCGAGUUCAGAAGACCGUCAAACGAGUGCCAAAGAAGCGACAUCGAAAAAGCCACGAAAUCCCAUUAGAGAAUUAUUCGAAAGGAAGAAAGAGAUAAAUGAGAGAAAACAUCAGGAACGAGUCGACAAUGAUGUUACGUUAAGAGAACUCAACAUACAGAGGUUGAAAAAAUCGAAGAAACCGAAAAAACAGCAGCAGCAGCAGCAGCAUCAACAAGAUUUUCCACUGAUAAGGAAAAGCCAGCUGGGUGGCAUGGUAGAGAGGAAGAAGCGUCGCGAUGAUAAAAAAAUAUUUGCCAGCAACAUCGUCCAAGAAAGGAUAAAAGAUAUUUAUGAUUUUGACGAUGACGAAAGCCAACAGGAGCCGACGAGCACCGUUAUGUCGUAUAGGAAUAAACAUGAAAAAAAUCACGAGACGAACAUCGGGACGGACCUCGAUAUGGCGGAUCUGAUGACAAAGACGAUCGGAGAUACUCUGAAAAAUGGGAAAAAGAGUGACGCUCUGGGAGGAAAGCUGGAGUCUAUGAUCGAUCGAAAGUUCCAGGAGAUUGAGUCGUUCCCGCCAAAAACCAAGGGCGCCUUAAAAUCUUUCCAAGUCGAGGAAAAGCACCGACACCGGGAAGUUGGAAAACUCGAAGAUGUGGAAGAGGAACUGGAUGAGAAAGAAGGCAAAAGUACUCAGAAACGAACGAUUACCGGUCCAAUGGACGAGUAUGUUGAGCGCAAGAAAACUUCGCGAAAAUUGUCCGAGCAAGCGUCAAGCAAACACGGUAAAUCGAAGAAGAAAAGUAAAAGUGGAAAGAAAAAAUCACGUAACGCCUGGUACGAAAACGAUAGUUCUGAUGAAUUUGUUACUGCGGCUAAAGCUGAGGACGUAGGAGUUGGCACGACGAAGAGCCAAAGAACUUGCUCGAAGGGUAAACAAAAUCUAUUCGCCGAACUGUCGACCUCUUCCGAGAGCGAUUACGACGAUGUGAAUGAUGAUUACGAGCCCAAAAGACGCAUUUCUCGCAAAACGAAGAGCAUAAUUGGUGAGUCAAAUUGUGAAGAAUUUAAAGUUGGUACGAUUAGCCCUGUAGCCGAUGACACGUAUCCGGAGAAUCGAGAGAACGAAUCUGUUGUCGACUGGAUCCACAAGAGUACGAAAACCGAUGGUAACAACGAGCCCGAGCACAAAAAAUCAGAAUCUGAAAUGUCCGAUCAUCCAUUGAUUAUUGACGAGAGAAAGAACGAGACCGAUGAAGCGAGGAACAGCGACGACGAUAUGGAAACGCGUUACGUUCCGGCUUUUGAACUAGACGAUCUUUACCGCGAAGAUACCACCGACGAGACCGAUGAAGACAAAGACGAAUACGAAAACAAGAAAGACACGGGCAACGAUGCUGCAGCCAUUUCCGGCGAGGGAAUUUCUGGAAACAAAGCGAACGAAACUUACGAUGACGAAGAAGAGCUCAUUCCGCUCGAAGAGGCAUUGGAUUUGUUGGAUAAUAAUGAAGAUCUGUCGGCAAUACCUGAAAGAGCAAGGGAUGUCUCAAGAUGCGAGGAAACAUUGGAAAAACCGAUGGAAUCGAAGAACACAUUUAACGAGGACGAAGCCAUCGGGGAAAAAUUGAGUGAUGACAACGUGGAAAGUUACUGCAAGGCUUCGAACAAUGGAGAGCUCGACGAGGAGUCCGAACUACCGGAAAAGUUGUCGAGCAAUGUAAAACCCCAGAAAGAAUCGGACAAUCUACCACUCCAUGUUUUCCUCAGUCGCAAGGUACAAGAGUCGAAGAAAAGAAAACAACAACAAGCAAAAAAAUUACAGGAGGAACAGGAGCGAAUAUUGAUGGAUUUCCAACCAACCAGGAGACAGAGGAAAUGUGCGAUCGGCAAGCAAGGCUUACUCGCAGAAAUCAGCAGCUCCGAUGACGAGUCUUACACGAGAGAAACUUGCAGACGUGCAUCCCUGCCGAGUGAUAAAGAGGAUAGUGAGAAACACUCGAGAAAACCCAAAAGAGAAUCGAAGGAAAAAAGGAAAGAGCGUUACAUGGAAAAAAAGCACGAACAAAUAAUAGCAAAAGAACAAAAAGCUAUCGAGGAAGAAAUUUUGCGUGAACUCGAGAAGACCAAAGGUAAUAGCGGUAAGAGUGAUACCGAGUCUGGAAAGAGCGAAAAGAAUUUCAAAGACGAUUCGAUUAUAACGGACAAGUCCGAAGCUGAGGAAACCGAAGCGGUGAGGAGUGCUGGGAAGAAAAAACGUCAGAAAAAAUGUCGAAAGUCUGGAACUUUAGAGACUCCGAAGAAGAUUGUGGAUCGACAGGACCAAGAAAUAACAAGGAAAGAAGAGCCGAAUAGGGUUCCGUUCGAUAAACAAUGCAAGAGUAACGAGAAUACCGACUCAAAGGAACAAGAUUCUCCAUCGAGGCAGAAAAAACAGUCGAGAUCUGGUCAGAAACACAAGAAAUCCAAUAAAAUUACGGAAAUAAAAAUUUCAAACGUAAAUCGUAAGAGUAAAAUGUCGAAUGGAGACAAAACCAAUAAACAAUCGAAAAUAACGUUGACGCCGAGCAAAGAUCUCAAAGAGCGUAGAUCUUCGUGCGGUAAACGUGAUUCAGAUGACGAAGAGCUACGAACAACGAGAUGCUGGAACAAAGUAGACGAAGGGGUUGGUGUCGCGAUAGGACGAAGGAAGAGAGCAGCUGCCAAUCAGUUAUAUUACUGGUCGAGUUCGAGCGACGACGACGAAAUUGCACCACCACCGGUGCCCGUCGUCGAGGAGGAAGACGAUCGACAGGAACAGCAUGGUUGGAUAGUCGGAGAUUCUCACAAACGUAUGAUAACUAUGCUUGCCAUGGAGAAACAACUGAAAGAAAAACGACGUCGUAGCGAGGACGAAUUCGAGUCGGGUAAAGGGAAGAACAAGAAGCACAGAAACAGCACCUCUUGAUACGUGUUUCACGAUUAAGAAAUAAUAUUUGAUUCUUCCUUGGCGAAUUAUAGACGUCGUUAUUGAAAAAAAAAAUCAAGAGGCAUAAAGUUCUAAAAAUAUUUGAUACUAGAGAGCCUAAACAAAAGAGGGCGCUCCGAAAAAUUUAGCUCCGUAGCAUUUUGAUGAUAUUAGAAUUAAUGAUUUUAUUUCAUUAUAGAAUUUGUACAGUUUAUCGUACCUCUUUAGUCAAAUUGUCUUUCGGAUUUUCAUGUACAUUGACCGAUUGAGUGGCCCGACAAAUGUGGGAACACACGUUGUCACUUCCGUAAUUCAAGACGAAAACAGCAUUAGCGCAAAUCUAUUAUAUAUCAUUGAGCAAAUACUGUAAUUGGUUCAAGUGCAUCGGUCAACGUUGCAGUGUAAGGGAUAACGAAAUGAUUUAGAACAAUUGUACGACGUAUAAGAAAAAGGGGGGGGGGGGGGAAUUCUCAAUUUAUCGUUGUGACCAAGGAAUUCAACAAAAAAAAUGGACUUUUAGACAAUACAGAGGAAUUCCUAAGAGUUUCAAUUAAGCUAUAGAUUUAGAUGAGUGGAAGAGAUAAUUGUGAAUGAAGUAAACAAUACCGAGAAUAGUCUUUGAAUGAAGAAUAUUCUAAAAGUGGUGAAAAUUGACUGUUCCGGGCACUCUCAUGGAACGCUGCUUCUCCCCAAUUCUCAACAUAUCGCAGUAUGAAAAUGGUAAUGCAACAAAAUUGUUCGUCUACACGAAAUCACAUAUAUACACAAACGCAUAAUACAAAAGGAACGGAAAACAGAUGAAAAAAAGUUAAUUAGAGCCCCUAGCGUCUUGGAGAGAAUAAGAAACAAAACUGAUGUUCGCUUGAAGUAUAAUUUUCCUUUGAAUCUUUACGAGACUUCGAGCGUCUAAGAUUGCAUUCAAUUUUCUUCAGAUCUCGGUAAGAGACGAUGAUAAAGCACCAUGAGAAAAUGCUUAUUAAUUUUCAAUGGAAUUCUAACGAGAUAUAUAAAUAUAUAUACAUACAGAUAUAUACAUAGGUAUAUACACUUACACAUAUAUGAAAGAGUAAAUUGAGAUUUUCGGUUUUUUUUUCGUCAACCUACUGGUGCACGGUAGCUUAAAAUGCAAGAUUUCAUAUAUUGAAUAUACGGGAGUAAAAUAUGCGAAGUAAAGCAAAAGUAAUGAUGAUAAUACAUAAAUACGUUAUAUAUGUAUACCUUAAGAUGGAUGAUAAUAGACUCUAUUGUAAAAGUACUGCCAUAAUCAUACAUGAUCAUGCAAAAGCCUACGAGAAUAGUUGAUAUAUCGCUGUAAAGUUAUAAUGUUAGCACAAAAUAAAAAGUAACUAGGUACAUCCAAUGUAAAUAGAGCAUAUUUUCAAUGUGUCUGGAAAAGUAUGUUUUGUAAUAUAUAUGCAUUGCGAAUGAAGAAUAAAGAAUCAUAUGAAAUAAA